AUGAUUAAGAAUUUGUCAGUGGACGCAUGCUCAACCUCAUCAUCCCUCACGCCAAAUUUACCGCCACCAACUCGGAAACUGUGCCACAACGCACCGGAUGCGCCAUUACUGGAUGCUAUCAACAUCGCGGAAAAGGAAGGAGCUACAGCGACGUUCUUUCUGAAUGCAGCUGCAGCAAUGAACUCCGCCGGAACCAGUAAUUCCUCUCUAAUUCCCGUGCAAAAAACUUCCAGAUUUGAGGUAUGCUUUUUCUGA